AUGGUUUCGAAAUUCAUGCGAGUUGCUACUGCAGCAACGAGAGAAGCGGCUGCACGCAUGCGUGCAGCCGGAGACAGUUUUUCUCAUGCCUCAGCGGCAGGUGAUUCGUCACCUGUUGUUGUGAACAGUCCACGUGGUGAGUCACCACGUGCGACAGGAACAUCCACUGCGUCUGCAGCGGGUAGUGCGAAUCGCCAUGCAGAUGAGUAUGAGAUAGAGAUUAUCGAUCCUGGCGAGUCGUAUGAUGCUUUCGAAUUAAAGGCGACACCACACGCCUCCGGGUCAUCCGGGGCGGACACUUCAAGAGCCAGUUUGACAGGCUCUGGCGAACUUUGCGGCAUCAUGCUCGAGAUCUUCGAACCGAGCGAUUGUUCCGACGAAUCGUUGCCUCACGCAAGUUCAUCCAACGAUAGGACGCGUGGUGGUGGUGGUGAUGCGUCUAAACAUCACCAUGAGCGAAGUAACACGAGGGAUCGAGCUGCUACUGGUGUCAGUGCUCAUGCUGACACCAAUCAAGAGGCCAGGGACCGAAAUGUCCUGCGCCACGCUCCACAAGUGGAGUCUCUAUAG